CGGUGGCUCUCCUCACCGACCACGGACGCGCUCCCGUCGCGAGCGAGCGACGCACCAUGGACCGAGAGGAGACCGGAGAUGCGCCAGGGCUCCAUUCCGAACACCACCUGCUCGGACUGUGCUCUCUCGAGGGUCCACCUCACGCCUCGGGCCCCUCCGGCCGUCGCAAAGUCCGGAAGAUCCACCGCAAGAGAGUGAAGGCUGAGGGAAAUGAGCCAACACCGGAGCCUGAAGCUGGGAGAGGAGAUUGCCGUGAGGCGAUGUCGUUCAACACACUUUGCAAGGAGAUGGCGAAGUGCUUGGCAGAAUUACAAGACGCGCACCGACAAGAACUUCGAGAAGUAACACAGGCAGAACUUCGACCACCGUGCACUUCAACCAUGGUGGGUGAAUUCGAGGCCCAGUCCCAGUCCCACGUGGCGAUCGAGGUGUUGGAGUCCGAAAACGAGAAAGAAGCUUCAACGGAUUGGCCACCAAAAGCAACCGGUGAGCCGACCGGGAUGAAAAAGCAGCAUUCGCAUUCGCACAUAGGGUGUCCGAACCGGCAGCAAUUCGGCUUGUCGGUGGAGAAGCUGCAUGCUUUGGGGAAUUCUGCGAUCGACGAGAUCAAGAAGGAUGAGCAGAACCCUAACAGGUAUUCUAGGUUGAAGAAGAUGAAUCCAACAAAGCAGAUCAAGACAGAGCUGCGUACGCAGCUGUCGAACAUCUCCGACAUCUUCGUGGAAAGCCACGUGGAGGAGAAACAAGAACAAAAGAAGAGGCAGGAGGAGAAGAAGAAGAGGCUGCUGAAGGAUACAAAUUCAUAUCGUGCACCGAAAACACAAGACCCGGCAAAAACAGAUGAUGAAGAUCCACCCACUUGGCGACAUCAGCUCGCUGACUUCGUGGACUGGUGGCCCUUCCAGGUUUGGUGCAUGUUUGUAAUCGUGGCCAAUGCAUUACAUAUCUUCAUCCAAGCGGACGCGAAGAUGGUGAACGCUUACAAAACGGCGCUGGAGGGUGGCACGCCGAUGGAGGACGUGCAUUACGUGGACGUGUUGUUUGCGCUCUGGUUCGUCGUGGAGCUGGCCAUGCGGAUCCUGCCAGAUGGGCUCUUCUACUUCUUUUGGGAAUCGGAGGACCAACACUGGAACAUUUUUGAUACCGUUGUGACCGCGGAGGCCGUUGUUGGACUCUUGCUGAGACUCACCUUCCCCUGGGCUUCGCACCUGGGCGUCUUCCGAAUCUUUCGCCUCGUGAAGCAUAUGAAUUGGAGCAAGGGGUUGAGGAAGCUACGGAAGACGUUAAUGGCCUUGGUCGGCUCCUUGAUGGACCUCAUUUGGGCCUUCUUGGUCGUCGUCCUAUGUCUGGUCACUUACAGCGUCUUCCUCUCCAGUGCGACGGUGGGCUACUUCGAAUCCGAAUCCUUCAACAACACUCUCUACGACGAGCUCAACGGCACCCAAAAGGAGGAGGUGGAUAAAGUGCUCCGUGAAUUUGGAACUGUCCCAACGACGAUGUUAUCACUUUGGUCUGCGAUCAGUGGCGGCAAUGAUUGGAUGCAAUAUGCGGAGACUCUUCAAAUAAUGGACGAGCACAACAUUUUCUUUGGCACCUUCAUCGUCUUCACAGCCUUCUGCGUGAUCGGCCUCUUCAAUGUGGUCACAGGUAUCUUCGUGGAUAGUGCCGUUGAGGCCUCGAGGUCCUUCCGGAGUAGUGUGGAGGUGAUCGCGGAACACAAAGACCAAGAGAAACGGGAGAAGAGGGAGGAGGCAUACUUGCGGAAGUUAUUGUCAACUUCUGCCGGGAACCAUCUCACCUAUCGAGAGCUGGAGGAACACCUCGACCUCGAUGAAACAGAGGCCUUCUGGGAAAGCCACAUGGAGCUUUCGGCACCAAAGGUGAAAGACAUCUUUUUGCUCUACCAUCGCCUGAUCAGAUCGGACGAAAGCAAGCCCGUCCUUCCACUGGUGGAUGAUGAGAACCCGAAGUCCCCGGAUGUCUUCAAAAUUCCCGUGAAAGAGUUCUUGGCCUUCACCAGGAAAUGUAAAGGUACUGCAUCAUAUGUUGACCUCCUGACUAUGAUGCACGACAACACAAGGCUAGAGAAGUUCAUCCACAAUGAGUUCAAGCAGCUCAAAGAGCGACUUCCUGGUGAGGCCCAAAAGUGAGCGGCUUUGUUAGCCCCCGCGGUGCGGACCGGCAGCUAACGCGCCCUCGCGGGCGCAGCGGGCGUCUUGGUGGGUCUGUUUCUUUGCUUGGGAGUGGGAGCUUCCUUCACGUCUCUCACGUGUUGAAGGUGAGCAAAUUUCACACUCACCUCUGGCUGGUGGGACACCAUUACCUUUGUCGCAGGCCUGGAAGAGGCCUUCAGGGACCAACAAAGACUGUUUGGAGGUCCUCAUUUUGCAAUGGAGGCUGCAAACCGCCAGCGUGGCACGCGCCUUUCUUCGCGCCGUCUUGAUCUUGCAACCUCCAAGGUCACCAGACCGUCGACCCGCCUUGAGUGCUUCGAAACCGACCCCACUUUGCCCGGUCCCCGCCCCACCCCUUGGUGGAGCCGGGGACCCGACAUCGUUGGAAAAAACAUGCCAGAUUUGGAGGGAAGAACGAAGCAAAGCAAAGCACGAAAGGCAGGCUGAAC